CAGAGUACAAUUUACUACCUACUUGCUACUCGUACGUCUGGAACGGUUCAAACCCCGUUACAAUGAAGUUGUUCGCUCCCGCUGGCCUUGGACUGCUGCUCGCCCUCGCUCACAACGCAGCCGAUGCUGCUCUGCCAAAGGAAGUCGCGGCGUUGAUCGACACGACUGUGGACCCGUGUACUAAUUUCUAUCAAUACGCAUGUGGGCAGUUUAACAAGACGGCCACCAUUCCGCAGGGUAAACGCCGCGCUGCAUACGGCUGGGACGAUCUCCAGAAUAAGGCUGAAGCCAUGUUCACGGCCGUUCUCGCCGAGAAGAAUCUACCGGUCCUCUCUGACUACUACGCGUCGUGUAUGGACACUAAUACCAUCAACGCGCUCGGGAACAAGCCACUCCAGCGCCGACUUCAGCGCAUCGACGCCACCCAAACUAAGCCCGAGCUGGCUCAUCUCGUUGGAGAGCUCGCGACCAGCUCAUCGUGGAUGUUUGUCGAUGCGACCACCGGCUUUGGUGGAGCGCCGUCCGACCUAGAACUGGUCAUAGAAAACCUCCAGCUGCCGUUCGAUCAGGGAGUCUUCCUGGAUCCCACCAAGCUGAGUGCCGAGCGUCCACGUAUGCGUGAGUACAUUGGUAAGGCGCUAGAUCUUGCGGGUGUUAAGACAUCAAGUGGCAAGAGCGUCAACAUGACCGCGGCUGCUGACAUGAUCAUCGAUACGUACAAGAAGACGGUCGAUCUCCGACCGACCGACGAUGAGCUCAACAACGAUGACACUACAUUGUCGCACAGCGAGGCGCUGAAGCGUUAUCCACUGUCAUACAAGGGCAUGAUCGAGGGCACCGGACUGAAGAUGAACCCGAAGUGGGACGUAAACUUUAACUCUUUGAAGUGGAUGGACCGUGUCGAGAAAGAGCUUUGGGGGUCGCUCUCGCUCGAGAAUCUCAAACUCUUCUACACAUUUAUCGACGUGCACGGCAACCAGCAGUUCCUGAACGACGCGAUCAGGAAGAAUGACGCUGACUAUUUUAACUAUGUGCCGGACAGCCGCGAUUCUUUUUGCAAGAAAGACGUGAUCGAUCGGAUGCCGCAUCUGGCCACCCAGUACAUCUACGCCCAAUACUUCAGCGACGACCGCCGCGCAUACUUGCAAAAUAUGGCGGCCCUCAUCAAGCAGGCGAUGCAAACCGAGCUCAAGAACGCGACGUGGCUUGACGCGUCGACGCGCAAGGAGGCGAUAGCCAAAGUGGGUCGGGUCGUGACGCUUUUUGGCAAAUCCCCGCAAUAUUCCACCCCGCCAGUGAAGGUCCAGGCCACCACAUUUUUUGACAACGUCAUCGCGCUCAAGACUUGGAACUUUCACAACGACUACUUUGCCAAUGUCGGCAAGCAGCCGGACCAGCAAAUGUGGACCCUCCACCCUGCCGAUGUUACCACGUUCUUCCUGCUCUUCCAGAACAGUGCCCAGUACACGGUGGGCAUUUUGCAGCAGCCUUUCUUCAACCUCAAGCAGCACCCGGCACAGAACUUUGGUUCGACUGGCACGUUGAUCGCGGGAGACUUAACUAAACCAGUUAGCGUGUUUGGCCGCCAAGUGGACCAGUUCGGCCACCAGCGCGACUGGUUCUCGGAAAAGGACAACGCCGCAUACAGCUCGCGCGCGCAGUGCAUGAGCGACCAGUACAGCGCACAGGUGCUCUAUGACAGCAACGGCAAACCGUUGGGCCACGAGGACGGCAGCGCGACGGUAGAGAAUAAUGUGGUUAUCAACAACGCUGUGAACUUGGCUCUCGUAGCACUUCACGACUGGAUGAAGAAGAAUCCAUCUUUCCCGACGAACGGUGUUAGCGCGGACGAAGUGGACAAGCUCUACUAUUUGUCGUUCGCCCAGACCUCUUGCUACAAGGGUACGGACGAGUGGCUGAAGGAUCAGCUCGAGAAUGGAGUCCCCGAGUUCAGCGUCAAUGUGCCCAUGAUGAACUCGGACGCGUUUGCGACCACGUUCGGGUGCAAGGCCGGCACCAACAUGAACCCGGCCAAAAAGUGUCACGUGUGGUAAGUACAGGCAAUAGAUGGGGUUAGAAUUGGUCACCAUUGGUGACUCGCCAACGAGCCCCCUUGUCAAGAGCGAGAUGGUUACUGCCGGACUUACUAUUACUGAAGUAUUACUUUUCGAUUAGAAAAAGAAACGCACAGCUCUAAAAAACAAAUAAUCGAAGGCUCCGCCUCGUUCCUUCACUAAA